AUGGGCGCAGUGCGACGCACAUGGGCGCAGUGCGACGCGCAUGGGCGCAGUGCGACGCGCAUCGGCGCAGUGCUACGCCCGCAUGGGCGCAGAGCGACGCGCAUGGGCGCAGAGCGACGGGCUCGGAUUCUUCUCACCUCCCCUCUCCCCUGCUCACGUUCAGACAGUGACGCCCGUGCGGCGCGCUCCCCGACCACGUCACCUCCCCCACCACGUCACCUCCCCACCACGUCACCUCCCCCACCACGUCACCUCCCCCACCACGUCACCUCCCCCAUCACGUCACCUCCCCUCUGGGCCGUCUUCCGGGCCGUGCACGCCGUCGCUCAGCCACGUCAUCACCUCCCCUCUGACGCCCUGCCACGUUACCUCCCCUCUGACGCCCUGCCACGUCACCUCCCCUCUGACGCCCUGCUACGUCACCUCCUCUCUGAGGCAGGCCAACGCAUGUGUGACCGCAUUCGGUCCUGUCGCUUGCGCCUUGCACCGCACAUGGCCACUUCAGACCGCACAUGCAUUCGGAACUGUCAGCUUUGUGCUGUGUGCUAUGUGCUGUGUGCUAUGUGCUGUGUGCUAUGUGCUGUGUGCUAUGUGCUGUGUGCUAUGUGCUGUGUGCUAUGUGCUGUGUGCUAUGUGCUGUGUGCUAUGUGCUGUGUGCUAUGUGAUGUGUGCUAUGUGCUGUGUGCUAUGUGCUGUGUGCUAUGUGCUGUGUGCUAUGUGCUGUGUGCUAUGUGCUAUGUGCUAUGUGCUGUGUGCUAUGUGCUGUGUGCUAUGUGCUGUGUGCUGUGUGCUAUGUGCUGUGUGCUAUGUGCUGUGUGCUAUGUGCUGUGUGCUAUGUGCUGUGUGCUAUGUGCUGUGUGCUAUGUGCUAUGUGCUGUGUGCUAUGUGCUGUGUGCUAUGUGCUGUGUGCUGUGUGCUAUGUGCUGUGUGCUAUGUGCUGUGUGCUAUGUGCUGUGUGCUAUGUGCUGUGUGCUAUGUGCUGUGUGCUAUGUGCUGUGUGCUGUGUGCUGUGUGCUAUGUGCGAUGUGCUGUGUGCUACGUGCUGUGUGUUAUGUGCUGUGUGCUGUGUGCUAUGUGCUGUGUGCUGUGUGCUAUGUGCUGUGUGCUGUGCUGGGUGCUGUUACCAAAGAGGAUCGUACGAACUCCAUUGCUCCGAAUAGCAAGGCCCUCUGCCUGAUGUACGGCCGAGAUCUCGCGACGGCGGUUCGGGUGCUGGAGGACCAAUUGCAGGCGAGCCCGCUGACAGCUGUCGACGAGACAGUGGUGCUCAACCUGUGCUCCAUGUACAAUCUGGCGGCGUCUGAUACGCUCAGCGCCAAGAGCACGCUCAGCAACUGGCUCACGCAGCUCGCUCCGGACGACUGUGACUUCGCCUGCACUCGGCUCUAG